AUGAGAAGUGCAGGAUUUUACAUGAAAAAAAUACCUCAGAUGUUGAAUCAGAAGCCUGAUGCUGAAAGAAAUCCGUUGCAAGAGAUAUCAUUGAACGGGAUCAGGAAGCCGAGGAAGGCUGAAGUUCAGCCGUCUGCAAGUGGUGAAGCAGCAAGUGCAGGACCUUUGAGUAAGGACGAGGAAAUUCAGCAUUUGGUAAUGUUUCUGAGAUCAGAUAUCGACCCUCACCAUUAUUCGCCGUCCAGUGAAGUUAAGGGUUAUCUGCACAAAAUUAUUUCUGAGAGUGGCGAUGUUUUUGACGAUGGAGAAGGUGAUUUUAGCCACUUGUCUCCCAAUUCGUCUCGCGUUUAUUUGAAUGAUUCUUAUAAUGAGAAUAAACUAGCAAAUGCUUUGUUACCACGUCCAGACAUAGUGAACGUAUACCGAACUCCUGGAAGCUCACGGCAUGCCAAAAGACAAGGCAACAUCCAAACAGUAGCAAAGGCGCUAAGUACUCUUAAGAAAAGUGUUACAAUAAAUUUUAGAGUUAAUCCUUCUCUCUGGAAGACUGCUAAUCUGUUUAAGAAAACCACGUCAGUAGAGGCUAUUCACGCUUUGUUAGUGCGAGGUGUGAGAGUCCUAAAACUGGCUGAAUGUACCGUUUGCAGUUUAAAUUUGAAGUUAUUUUCACCUUUCUUGAGUGAUCCAUCUCAAGCGGUGAAAGUUAAUUACAUAGAUUUCAGCAAAGUUGUCUUUUCUGAUGUAUCCGUUAUUGUUGCCGUAUUAGCAAAAUGCAAGACUUUGCAGGGAAUUGCUUUCGACAGUAACGCUUUGGAUGAUUUGGUAUGUAAAGAACUGUCUAGAAAUUCUAGCCUUCGGUACCUGAGUCUGCCUAUGUGCUACGGAUACACGUCUGAUGGCCUGAAAGAGAUUUGUGAAGGAUGCACCAGUCUAAUUGAAGCAAAUUUCGCUUGGUCGUCUUUUACUGCUGAACACGUUCGCGUUUUGUGCUGUUCCCUGCCAGCGUCCCUGCAACGUUUAGAUAUUUCUGGAAUAACUGAACAUGCACUAUGUGAUAAAGAUCUGAUGAUCUUAACCAGGACUUGCCCGAUACUUACCGACCUUGAUAUCAGCGACUCUCCGUCUAUUACUAGUGCCUCAGUAAAAUGGCUUUUUGGAAUGACAUCGCUUAAGGGACUUAGUGUAUCUCGCUGCUACGGAGUGGAUGCUGCGACGUUCAUGUUUGCUGGAAAGCUUUCUUAUCUGAAUAUUUUUGGCUGCAUCACUGAGAAAGGUGAACAGAUUCUCCGAAGCCAUUUGAAGAACGUUCGGGUCAACGAGAUCUAUUACACAGAGAUUGCCCGACCAACACGCGGUGCCGGUAGUUGCAUGAUUUGGAAUAAAUAUGUGGGCGAGUCUUACUGA